GCAGCUGGAGCUGCGGAGAGACCGGAGCCGGAUCAGCUGCUGCCAGCUCCGGGGGGAUCCAUGCCAGCCUGGGCAGACUAUUUCUGCAGACGCGGCCCUCCUUUGCUUUGGCUCACCAAGAUGCCAAGGACCAAGAAAUCGAUUGUUCUUCAGCCAAGAACAGCAUCUCCUUCCUGAAGGCUUCACUGGAACACCAUGCAGGGGAAUUAUGAGACGCUCAUCUCUUUGGCAGAAGAGAUGGCUAUUAGUCUGCCUCGGAUCACUGCGCUGGCUGAGUCUCACCGGAGAGGACUGGCAUCGGGAUUUCCACUUUCUAAGCCUGAUCUGCUCUCUUGGAUGGACCGAGGGGAGGAUCUGUGGGUUCCAGAACUUCAGGAGUCGGAGGGCAGGGAGAUUCUGAAGGAGGCCAGUCCAGGUGAUGAUCUGAGUAGAAAAAAUGAGGGGGAUCUACCUCAGCAAGAAGCUCCAAGCAAAACGGUGCUAAGAGCAAAGAGCUCUCUAGAUGGGAAUCCAGUGGAGGGAGAGAGCCAGUCAACAGAGAGACUGGGAAGCACAGCAACUGAAGAAAAGGAGCAGCUGAUGAAACUGCUCCCUCAGACAGUGGGUAUCUCCAAACCCUUCUUGCCCCCUGGGAAAACGCAAGGGGGCGAGAGAGGCCACCAGUGUGCCGAGUGUGGCAAAAGCUUCAGCCAGAAGUCCAACCUCCUGAGGCAUCAGAGGCUUCAUUUGGACAAGAAGCCCCACAAGUGUGACGGGUGUGAGAAGAGCUUCUCAGAAGCAGAUGCUCUAGCCAAGCACCGUAAAUGCCAUGUAGGUGACAAGCCGUACAAGUGUGAGGACUGUGGGAAAAGCUUCAGCUGGACCUCCCACCUUGAGAGGCACCGAAGGAUCCACACAGGAGAGAAACCCUAUGAAUGCAAAGAGUGUGGGAAGGCAUUCAGUGUUGGGUCACACCUGGAGAGGCACCGGAGGAUCCACACAGGGGAGAAGCCCUAUCAGUGCAAAUUGUGUGGGAAAAGCUUCACUGUCAGCUCCACCUUGGUUCAGCACCAGAGAACCCACACCAAUGACAAGCCCUAUCAGUGUGAGGACUGCGGGAAGGGCUUCAAUGUCAGUUCUAACCUUGUGGCUCACCAAAGGAAACACCUGGGUCAGAAGCCCUAUGAGUGCCCAGACUGUGGGAAGAGCUUCAGCUUCACUUCCCACCUGGAGAGACACCAGAGAAUCCACACAGGAGAGAGGCCCUAUCAAUGCAUAGACUGUGGGAAGAGUUUCAGCCGCAGCUCCCACCUCUAUAGGCACCAGAGAAUCCACACGGGGGAGAAGCCACGCCAGUGCAUGGACUGCGGGAAGAAUUUCUACCUCAGCUCAGCUACCCUCCACCACCUCCAGACAUCCCCAAAUGGGGGCAGAGACCCCACAAAAUGCGCAGAAUGUAGCCGCAAGCGGGCUGUCCCUGAGCCUCUGCCUCCACCCUCGCCACCAAUUUGGAGUGAGAAACCUUAUAAGUGCCCUGACUGUGGGAAAGGUUUUGGUCAAAGUUCAUCGCUGGUAAAACACCAGAGAAUCCACACAGGAGAAAGGCCUUAUCAGUGCCCGGAGUGCGGGAAAAAAUUCAGCUGGUGCUCAGCUCUCAUCAAACACAAGAGAAUCCAUACAGGAGAGAAGCCAUACCGGUGUGAAGAGUGUGGCAAAGCUUUCAGUGUCAGCUCCCACCUGGAAAGGCACCAGCGCGUGCACUCUCCUGACAGGCCGCACAAGUGUGCCGAAUGUGGGAAAACCUAUGGAGAACUGGGGUCAUUGGUGAAGCACCAGAAAUCCCACAUGGCCGAGAGCAAGCGCUACCGGUGCCCUGAUUGUGGGAAAAGCUUCAGCUGGACUUCCCACUUGGAAAGGCACCGGCGAAUCCAUACAGGGGAAAAACCGUACGAGUGCAGUGACUGUGGGAAGAGCUUCAGUGUCAGCUCUCACUUGGAUAGGCACCGGAGAAUCCACACUGGAGAGAAGCCUUAUCGCUGUAACGAGUGUGGGAAAAGCUUCAGCGUCAGCUCCACCCUCCUCCAGCACCAAAGGACCCACUCUAGUGGGAAGCCUCACAAGUGCAAGGAGUGUGGGAAGCGGUUUGUGGCCAGCGCUCAGCUGCACACGCACCAGCGAACUCAUUGGGGUGAGAAGCCAUACGAGUGCACUGUCUGCGGGAAGAGUUUUGGCUUCAUCUCCCACCUGGAAAGGCACCGGCGGGUGCACACAGGCGAAAAGCCUUACCAGUGCCCCGAGUGUGGGAAGUGCUUCAGCCGCAGUUCCCAUCGGAAUCGCCACCAGCGCACUCACUCUGCUGUUGGGCUUUUGAAGAGAGGGACACAGGGAGGAAGUGAGGCAGGGAAAGGCCUCUCCUCUUCCUCCAGUGCUAAACACCCCAAGGAGCCACUGCCUGCUCUUCCAGAACCCCCGCUUUCACUCAUGCCUCCUUGGUGGAAUGAGGGAGACAGGAACAGCAACACCCCAGUCACUUCCACAUGGCCCGAGGUCCCAAUUCACUUCCAAGGCCCCAUCCCCAAUGCUGCCCCAGCUGGGGGUCUGCGGGGAUGGGGCAUGAAAGGGUUCUUGCCUCCAGAUCCAUGGAGACUGGGGGAAAGUAGCUCUGGCUGGGCAUCUACCCUAACCCAAGAGGGCUGGCCACAGCCUCCCACCACAUCUUGAGUUGUUGUCUGACCUUGACUUCCGGAGUUGUUUGUUGGAAAGAAAUGGUAAUCAUCCUUUCACUCUCUCCUCUGUGUUCAGAACUAUCUGGCCAUUAAAAAUCCAGAAUGAUUCAGCUGUUAAGAAACCUGCAUGGCAUAGUCCUGCUAGGAUGAUUGUGCCACUUUAGAAUUCUGAUGUGGGGUUUGUGGAACAAGAGUCAUCGUAUUGGAAUACCCCUUCUCAUUACCCUCCAUCCCAGCAAACCUCCAACACAUUGAGAAGCAUGUUAUGUUAAGAGUCUUUCCUUCAGAGGAACUUGAUUUCUAUAGAAAGGAGGCAUUCAGGCAUGUGUUAACUCCUACUCCCCUACAUUCUGAGGUGGUACAGUCCCAGAUGGGCUGCACCAUGUGUUUGAAACUUCAAAAUUGAUUCUUAACUCUGAAUAUUGGAAACAGGCUGAGACAGAGAGGGCACCAGGCUGAACAACUGGGGAGUGAAGCCAUAGGAUAGGUGAAUUUGAAUCCAGAAAUCCCAAAUCCAACUUUGAAUCACUUAUCAAAUAGUCAUAUAAGGCCUUAGCAGAAAAACUCCCGCCCCUCAGUUAUUUAAACAUUAUUCUUCCAUCAGACCCUACCUCCCAAUAUUUUCUCUGAGGCCCCAGUCUGACUAGGCUUUUUUAAAACCAAAUAAAGGUGCUAAGUAAAGGGGGGAGCUCCCUGUUUAGAAAGGGUCAGUUCCUUCUCUCGCAUUUUGAAAGGCAUUGCUGUCGUCCUCACCCCCACCUCCCCAUUACAUCCCAGUUUUAGUAACGAUGCUGACUGAGAAAGGGGAAAAACCAAUCUGUUCUUGUGUUUGAAUAGCAGCUGGAUCUAAAGAAGUCAGCAGGUGGUGCUGUUCACAGCAUGCCAAUAAAUAUAACUCACAAGCAUCUACAUCUAAAGCUGCUGUUAGAGGUGCUACUAGAGUGGGAGGCCAAAAAUUGGACACACACACACCACCCACUUGCUCAGUUGUAUGAGUGAAUAUUCCCCAAAUGGAAUUAAUUGCCCCUGCAGCCAUAACUUGAUCCAGGGAUCGCCAGGAUUCAGCUUUCAAAUCUAGCCCUAGAAUAUGUGGGCCUUUGACCAUGUGCAGAGUGCAUUUCCACUUCCAAAGAGCCAUUGCUGCCUGUUCCUGUUCUACUGUGUUUAGGAGGCAGAACUUUCAAGGAUGUGGCAUCCAAGGCUAUCUCAGAUCAUUAGCAUUUCCCUUCAGAAAUCAACCUUAAGUGGGGUGUUCGGAUUCUUGGAAGGUCUAAGGAAUGAGAACAGCAAUGAUAGGGAAGGGAAGGUCCAGAACUUUCAUACAGGGAUUGCAGUUACUUUGAUCUCAGCCAACUGGGGGCUUGGAGUGGAGUAACUCUGCAAUGAAUGGAGUGGGUUUCAACUACAAUAACUCUGCCUGCUAUUGCACUGUGGAUCAGAUUUUCAAAUGCAUAGGAACCCUCCUGUCGUUCUGGAUAAUUUAAUGACGGAUAACUGCUACCCUUAACUCUGUGCUCACAGGCACCGUUUAGUCUCCCAAGUUCAUUCAUGAGGGUGAUUGUAUAUCAAAGCGGCUUUGGCUUUUAACCUCUCGAUCCCAAGAUCAACCUUUGAGAUAAGCAGACAUGCAGCAAGAUUCUCUUGAUUUAUCUUCAGACCGUAUAAGUCAAUAAUCUUUUACCAAACAAUUAUUUGGACACAAGAAGCUACCUUAUGCCAAGACAGAACAUUGUUCUAUCAAGGUCAGUGUUUCCUACUACAACAGACAGCAGUUCUCUGGGGUUUCGGGUAGUGGCCUUUCAUAUUGUUUAAUAACUGGUCUUUUUUAGCUGGAGAUACCAGGGAUUGAACCCAAGACCUUUGGUAGGCAAACCAGAUGCUCUGGCCACUAAGCCUCAGCUCCACCCAUUUGUUAGUAUAUUGUAUUGUCGAAGGCUUU